GUGCGCCGCGUGUCGCGCGCGCCGCUCUCGUGGUUCGACGCGACGCCCGUCGGCCGCGUGCUCUCGCGGCUCGCGCAGGACGUCGACGACUGCGACUUCCAGCGCGACUUCCAGCUGCCGAAGGCCCUCGACAAGGCCCUACUGCUGACGCUCCAGUGCGCGAGCGGCGUGCUGCUCGCCAUCUUCGCGAGCCCCUGGUUCGCGCUCGCCGUGCCGCCGAUCUUCUACUGCUUCUACGCGACGAACCAGGCGUUCCGGCAAGUGUCCCGCGAGACCCAGCGGCUCAAGACGACGGCCCUCGCGCCCUGCCUCUCGGCCCUCGAGCAGUCCCUCGGCGGCCUCGGCACGAUCCGCGCGUUCGCCGCGGCGGACCGCCUCGACGACGCGUUCCUCGACUCGCUCGGCGCGCUGACGUCGUGGUGCUGGCUCAAGCUCCUGCUGGACCAGUGGCUCCUCAUCCGCUUGACAUCUCUCUCCUCUCUCAUCGUCUCUGCCUUCGCGCUCGCGGUCGUUUUGGGAGACGUCGACCCCGUGCUCGCGGGCUUGGCGCUGUCGCAAACCGUGCUCCUCACGCAGGACUCGCGCUUCGCCGUGCGCUUCGCGACGCUCGCCGAGGCGAAGCUCAACGCCGUGGACCGCCUCCUCGACUACGGCGACGACCUGCCCCAGGAGCGCGGCGCCGUCGGCGCGCGCGACGGCGACCUGCCCGCACGCGGCGACGGCGGCUGGCCCGCGGCCGCGCUCGAGUGCGUCGCGCUCCGCGUGCGCUACCGCGUCGACCUCAACCCGGCGCUCGACGGCGUGAGCUUCGCCGUGCCCGCGGGCGCGUUCCUCGGCGUCUGCGGGCGCACGGGGUCGGGCAAGUCGACGCUCGGCCUCGCGCUCUUCCGACUCGCGGAGGCCGAGGGCGGCCGCGUGCUCCUCGGGGGCGUCGACGUCGCCACGGUGGGCCUCGACGCGCUCCGGGCGCGCCUGGCCGCCGUGCCCCAGGACCCGCAGCUCUUCGAGGGCACGCUCCGGUCCAACGUCGACCCCUUUGGGCGCUUCGACGACGACGCGGUCGCCGCGGCGCUGCGGAAGGCCAGGUGCGCGUUCUUCGACGGCGACUUAGACGCGCGCGUCAGCGAGGGCGGCGCGAACCUCUCCUGCGGCGAGCGCCAGCUCCUCUGCUUCGCGCGCGUCCUGUUGCGGUCCGCGUGCGUCGUACUCCUGGACGAGGCGACGAGCUCCAUCGACGCGGACGCGGACGCGCAGGUCCAGGCGGUCAUCCGCGCCGAGAUCCGCGGCCGGUCGACCAUGGUCGUCAUCGCCCACCGCAUCAAGACCAUCCGCCACGCGGACCUCGUCCUCGUCCUCGGCGACGGCCGCGUCGCCGAGUUCGGCGCGCCCGCGGACCUCGAGGCCGCGGGCGGCCACUUCGCCUCGCUCUGCGCGUCGUCGGCGCUGGGGUAG